GCCGCCAUGACGCGGAGCUGCUCCGCGCUGGGCUGCACCGCGCGCGACACCGGGCGGAGCCGCGAGCGCGGCAUCUCCUUCCACCAGUUCCCGGCCGACGCCGCGCAGCGCCGCCAGUGGAUCCGCGCCGUGAACCGCGUGGACCCGCGGAGCCACCGGGCGUGGCGGCCCGGCCCCGGCGCCAUCCUCUGCUCCCGACACUUCGCCGAGGGUGACUUCGAGCGCUACGGGCUGCGGCGGAAGCUGCGGCGGGGGGCCGUGCCCUCCCGCUUCCCCCCCUCGGAGCCGCCGGGCGCCGGCCGGAGGAGGAGCGGGACCCACGGCCGAGCGCUGAAGCAGCCGCUGCCCAGCUCCCCCGCCGGGGACCACAACUACAGCCUGCAGGGACAGCGGGCGGCCGAGCCGCGGCCGCCGCCGGACGCCCUGCGGCAGCAGCAGCAGCAGCCCCCGGCCGCCGGGAGAUGCGGCCCCGCGCACCGGCGCAGAACCGUGCCGAGCAUCCUCGGGGAGCUGGCGGAGAAGCGUCAGCUUUCUGAGGAAGUCGUGAGUUUGCUGCAGGCGCAGUUUUCAGAUUUGCCUCGAGAGUUGCACAGCUGGAGGCAGAUGGCAGACUACUCACCAGAAAUGAGGCAAUUUGCUUGUCUACUCCACCUCUACCAUAUUAAGGCCUAUGAUUACCUACGGAAGAUUCUUCCCCUCCCUCAUCCUUACAGCCUGACAAACUGGCUGUCUAAUAACGAGGCUGCUGCAGGCUUCAGCAGUGACAUUUUUCUCCGGCUUCAGGAAAAGGUGGAGAGAGGGGAUCAGGCCUACGGCUACUGUGCCGUGCUGGUACAGGACAUGUCCCUGCAGAAGCAGUGGGAGUGGGACCCACAGACCAAGCAGCUGACAGGCUUUGUUGACUUGGGAGCAGGCAUCCUCGAUGCUGACGAAGCUCCGCUGGCAUCGGAAGCGAUAAUCCUCAUGGCAGUCGGCAUCUCGAGCCCUUGGACAGCUCCCCUUGGCUAUUUCUUUGUGAGCAGCACUUCUGGCCACUUCCUUGCUCAGCUCCUUCGUCAGGCCAUCAAUAAGCUGAACAAUGUUGGGAUCGUGGUCCUGGCUGUGACAUCAGGUGCCUCUGCUUGCGGUGCUGAGACUGCCAGAGCUUUGGGGAUCAGGAUGGAUCCAAAAAGGAUUCAGUGCACUUUCCAGCAUCCACCCGGUUCUGCUCACAGCAUUGCAUACUUCUUUGACGUUUGUCAUGCCCUCCUGCUGAUAAGGAAUGCUCUGCAAUGCUUCCAGAAGGUGGAGUGGCUCGGUGACACCGUGUGGUGGCAGCAGGUGGUGGAGCUGGCAGCUUUGCGGGAGCAGAGGGUGUUGGAGCCGUGCAGUCCUGAGUCAGGCAGGGCUGGGAGUAAAGAGAGUUACCACCUGAAGGUCAACCCUGCUACCCUGCUGUUCAGCGAGGGUGUUGCUGAGUCGCUGGAGCACUUCCAGAAGCUGGGCCUGGCCUCAUUUCAGAACUGCAGUGGGACUGUCAAGUUUGUGCGUCUGCUGAGCUCUCUGUGCAAUGUAUUUUAUGGCAGAGGGCCCUAUGGAAAGGAGCCUUUGCUAGCUGGAAAUUACACCAAAAUAAGCACCCUCUUCGAUGAGGCCAAGAGCUUCUUUGUCAACUUAACAGACUCUGGGGGGAGAUACAUCAUUAAGAGCAAACGCAAAUUAGGAUUUCUGAGCUUCUUGCUAAAUGCUGAAAGCCUCAAGUGGCUUUUCUCCAACUAUACGUGUCCAGAAGACACUCCUUCCCACCACCUCCACACACAUGCCUUCAGCCUGGACCCUCUGGAGCAGUUUCUCAGGGCCCUCCAGCAAGCCUGUGGCAGCAGUGGCAGCCCCACCUGCGCUGUGUUCCAGGCUGCUUACCACAGACUGCUGGCCAGCUGCAGCCUGGCACCGGGCUCACCGCACAGCGCUGGCAAUGCGAGCCCCUGGGACAGAUCCCUGUCUCGGAGGAGAGAUCUGACCCUGGGCAGCAUUCGUGCUCAGUAUCACCCAGCUCCUGCGAGGACUCUGGCCCCAGAGUGCCCCUACAGGGCAGGCCUGCUUUUGCCCAGCUCUGCCCUGAGCAACGCGCUGACGGAUCUGUCGCUGUACACACGGAGCCUCACCUGCACUGCUGGCUGGGUGGCUGAGCAGCUGGCCUUGGACUUGCAAUGUGAGGCUUGUCUUGCCUCUCUCUUUGAGGCAGAUGAGAGCAGGCUAAGGUACAGGUCAGUGCUCUACAUCAAAAAGUUAGGUGGUGUGAGUCUGCCCUCGCCCAGUGUGCACCACAUAACAAGCAUUUCAGAACGAGUCUUAAGCCGGUAUGGCAAAGUAGGAGGUGCCAACAAAAAUACUAAGCUGUGGCAUUUGGCUCUAGAACAGAAAGUCCUCCAGGAGCUUCUGGGUGAAAGCCCCCUCUUUCCCACCCUCACAAACCAUUUAUUUGAGGGGGACCUGAGCAUCAACAACCACUACACAGUCUUGGUAAAGGAAAUAACACAGUGUUACUUAAACAUAAGAACAAACCCUGCCCCACACCUGAAUUUGAAAUACCCUUGUGGAAGGCACAGAUUGAAGAGACUGAAGGGAAAACAUCUGUCUCCAUCACCACUGGGUAGCUGUCAGUCAAGCUAAACCCACACAGGGUCUAGCUGAGUACUCUGCUGUUCCAAGGAUGGCUGUUCCCUGCUGAGGCUCAGUGCUGGACAGAUCUAGGCAACACAUGAGCAAACAAGGCUGGCAAAACUAGUGGUGAUAAGCAGUGAUGUUUUGGGCCAUUCCAAACCCCCAUAGCAGAGUUUAAACUGAGCAAAGCAAGGAGGUUUAUCUGAUCCUGUGUUCUUUCCAGCAAUCCUGCAACGCAGCCACAUCUAUCAUGAAACUUGCAUGGCAGGUCAGGAUGAGCAACAGUUGCUCAAGGUGCCUGGGGCAGUGGUAGGAGACUCUGCAAUGGCCCCAGAAGUGCUGGGUGGCUUUAGUGCUGUGAGUGCUCUUGCCAGGAGAAAACUGAUGCAUAUUUGAUGGGGUUGUGGGGAAAUGGUGCACUGGCACUUUGAUUUCACCAAAGCAGAUGUGCUUUAUAAAAGCUGGAGGCAAGAAAGCUUGCAGAGCUUCUACUUAAAUAGGAAAAUAAAGAUGUGAAAAGAAAGUGGCA